AUGAAUGCAAGCAUUCUUACCAAGGCAGCGGCCCCGGGCCGCCUGUUGUCCAGCCGCAUCUCCCGGCAAUCCAAGCUCAAGGACUCUGUCUGCAAGCGCGCCCACAUUCACACCGUCACUUACACCGUCCGGCCCACGAACUCCUCGGCUGCACGGGCGACAUGUCAAGCUCCCGUGUCCAAGCAUGCCUUCCACGCGACGUCCAAAACCUUCGCCCCGAGCGACCCAUACAAGACCCUCGGCGUCGACAAGUCGGCGUCUGCGGGUGACAUCAAGAAGGCAUACUACGGCCUGGCGAAGAAGUAUCACCCCGAUACGAACAAGGACCCCGGCGCGAAGGAGAAGUUUGGCGAAAUCCAGAGCGCAUACGAGAUCCUAUCGGACCCGAAGAAGAAGCAACAAUUCGACCAGUACGGUGCCGCUGGCUUCGACCCCAGCGGUGCACCCGGCGGCGGCGGCGACCCCUUCGGAGGAGCAGGAAACCCUUUCGGUGGCGGGUUCGGCGCGGGAGGAUUCGGCGGCGGGUUCAACUUUGACGACAUCUUUUCGGCAUUCACGGGCGGUCAAGGAUCCCCGUUUGGACGCCGCGCCAGCGGCCGGAACCCGUUCCAGCAGGAGAUCCUGGUCGGUGACAACAUCGAAGUGCAAUCGAGCAUAUCAUUCAUGGAGGCGGCCAAGGGAACGAGCAAGACCAUCACCGUGACGCCCCUGACCGAGUGUGGGACGUGUGCGGGCAGCGGCUUGAAGCAGGGCACCAAGAGGUCGGAGUGCAAGUCCUGCAACGGAACCGGUACGCGGGUGCACUUCAUGAACGGCGGUUUCCAGAUGGCGUCGACAUGCGGAGCCUGCGGCGGAACCGGUACGACCAUCCCCCGAGGCUCGGAGUGCAGGCCCUGCGCGGGCAACGGCGUCGUGAGGGAACGCAAGACCAUCACCAUCAACAUCCCCGCCGGCAUCGAGGACGGCAUGAGGCUGCGGGUCGAUGGCGCGGGCGACGCGCCCGUCACGGGCAAGAACGCCGACCCCAACGUGCGGACGCAGAAGGGUGACCUCUACGUCUUCGUGCGCGUGGCGCCCGACCCCAAGUUCCGCAGGGCGGGCUCCGACAUCCUCUACACGGCCAGCAUACCCAUCACGACGGCCAUGCUCGGAGGAGAGGUCACUGUGCCCACGCUCGACGGGCAGGUGAACGUCAAGGUGGCCACCGGCACCAACUCGGGAGACAGGCUCACGCUGUCCGGCAUGGGCAUGAGGAAGCUCGACGGCAGGAGGGGCGGAUCCGGCGACCUGAAGGUCGAGUUCAAAGUCAACAUGCCCAAGUAUCUGAGCGCGAACCAGCGCACCCUCGUGGAGAUGCUGGCGAACGAGAUGGGGGACAAGACGGCCCGGCGGAUCAUGAACGUCACGCCACAGGGAACCCAGCCUGUGUCGCCGGACGACUCUGAAUCCCACAAGAACGAGGGCUUCCUCAAGUCCAUGUGGCACACCCUGACGAACCACCCGGCCCACCAGAAGCCCUCCGAGGCGGACGCGGACAAGUCGGCGACGGACAAGAAGACGGACGAGAAGAAGGACGAUUCCAAGAAGGACUCUGGCUCCGGCUCGGCGUAA